UGGAGGCUGAAGGAUGAGAAGGAGCCAGCCAUGGAGAGAGCAAAGCUGAGAGCACUGCACUGAAGAACAAAGGCUCUGAUGCAAGAAGGGGUCUGACGUUUGCAGGAGCAGAGGGGAGGCCAGGAGUGAGGAGCAUUGUGAGCUACAGCAAAGGAGCUUGAGAACUGAGGAGAUGUCACAUCUGGUGGAUCAUACUUCAGGGGACCUGCCAGUUAGAGACGUGAGCUCCGCACCUCUGAUGCUGCCAGCGUCGAAAGGUAAGAGUGUAAAACCUCAACCAUCCUUAAGCAAGAUGAGCCGGGAGGAAUUGGAAGAUGGUUUCUUUCGACUUCGUGAUGAGCACCUGUCAGUGAAGGAACUUUUUUGGAAGCAACAGGAUGAGAUAAAAAGGCUGAGGACCACCUUGCUCCGGCUGACUACUGUGGGCCGAAACCUCCGAGCUGAGGCAUCUGGGGCGCAACUCUCCGGGCCGGUAAGGCAGCAGCAGAAGGUGGGGUGGCAGCAGCACCCCUCGACAAAUCGGCUCCAAGGACAGACCCAGCGCGUGGGCCGCUCUGCUCCGCGCCGCGCCCCGUCUCGCGCCCAUGGGGAACCCCGACAGCUCCACACCGCUGGUGCGCAGGUGCCGGAGAAACCCAGGAAGGGGCCAAGGGACAGGCGGAGCUACACAGCCCCUCCCACGUUCAAGGACCAUGUGACAAAUGAAAAAAACAGGGGUGAAAUCACCAGUGAACCCAGCGAACCUGCCCACAUUAUAGCCAACAAUGCUGUGCAAGCAGAAGAGUCACCCGCAUCUCCUGAGAAGGUGGGGUCCAAAGAAGAACAUCUUGCACAGAGAAGCUCACUGGAGAGUGCCCAGAAGGCCACAGAACUUCGAGCUUCCAUUAAGGAGAACGUGGAGCUGAUUCGACUUAAAAAGCUCUUACAUGAAAGGAGUACCUUGUUGGCAGUGACAAAAGCACAGUUAGCAGACGUACAGGAGGCAUAUGAAACCUUGCUCCAGAAGAACCAGGGAAUCUUAGGUGCAGCUCAUGAUGCCCUUCUCACCCAAGUGAAUGAGCUCAGGGCAGAGCUAACAGAGGAGAGCAAGAAGGCUGUGAGCAUGAAGAGCCAACUGGAAGAUGUGUCCAUCCUGCAGAUAACUCUGAAGGAGUUUCAGGAGAGAGUUGAAGAUUUGGAAAAAGAACGAAAAUUGCUGAAUGACAAUUAUGACAAGCUCUUAGAAAACAUGCUGGAGAGCAGUAGCCAAGCUCACUGGAACGGUGAGCCCACAGGAGAACAGCUACGGCAGCAGGUUUCUCAGUUGCAGGAUCAGCUGGAUGCUGAGCUGGAGGAGAAGAGAAAAGUCUUACUUCAGCUAUCCCAAGAGAAAGCUGAAAAUGAAGAUCUGAAGCUUGAAGUAACCAACAUGCUUCAGAAGCAUAAACAGGAAGUGGAAAUCCUCCAAAAGACAGCCACGCUUGCCCAAAUUCCUGACAGGCAGUCGGAGCCAGCUAUUCACCUAGCUGUAUUCCAAGAGACCGCUCAGAUCGAGCCCAGUGAGCAAAAAAUCCAAGAAGAAAAGAAACUCUGCCAGUUGUUAAGUGAGUUGCAAAUAUCGCAUGCAGAGACCACGUUGGAACUGGAAAAGACUAGAGACAUGCUUAUUCUGCAGCGCAAAAUCAACGUGUGUUAUCAGGAGGAACUGGAGGCAAUGAUGACAAAAGCUGAUAAUGAAAACAGAGAUCACGAAGAAAAACUGGAGAGGCUGACUCAACUCCUAGACAUCAAGAACAACCGUAUCAAGCAGCUGGAAGGUAUUUUAAGAAGCCAUGGCCUUCCAACAUCUGAGCAGCUCAAAGACAUUGCCUAUGGCACUCGACAAAUGUCAGUAAGUCUAAAAACCCUGCCUGCCCUUGGAGAUGAGGAGAGAGCGGAUGUUUCCUUGCUGCGUCAGAGUGACAAUCUUUUCGAACUACACAUCCACCAGGCCUUCCUGACAUCUGCUGCCUUGGCUCAGGCUGGAGACGCCCGCCCUACUACUUUCUGCACCUAUUCCUUCUAUGAUUUUGAAACUCACUGUACGCCACUCUCUGUGGGGCCGCAGCCCUGCUACGACUUCACCUCCCAGUAUGUGGUAGAGAUGGAUUCCCUUUUCCUGCACUACCUCCAAGGGGCUUCAGCCCAUCUUGAUCUACACCAGGCUGUGGCCAGUGAACACCACACCCUUGCAACCGGAUGGAUUUGCUUUGACAGAGUGCUAGAGACCGUGGAGAAAGUCCAUGGCUCGGUCACACUUACUGGAGUUGGUGGAGAAGACUUUGGGGUGCUAGAGUACUGGAUGAGACUGCACUUCCCCAUAGGACGCAGCCAACUGGCAUGCAAUAAACGAAAGAAGGCCCAGGCCUACCUGUCGGCCAGUGUACCUGGAGCCUGGGAGGCCAAGGAGGAUGAGUCCAGAUCAAAAGCUUGGCAACCUCAGAAUGAGCUGCGGAUUGAAAUCACCAGGUGCUGUGGCCUCCGGGGUCGCCAGCUGGGAACUCAGCCCAGUCCGUAUGUCAUGUACCGCUUCUUCACCUUCUCCGACCACGACACUGCCAUCAUUCCAGCCAGUAACAGUCCCUACUUUAGAGACCAGGCUCGGUUCCCCGUGCUUGUCACCUCUGACCUGGAUCAAUAUCUGAGGCGAGAGGCCCUGUCCAUCUACGUGUUUGAUGAUGAAGAGUCAGAGCCUGGCUUGUACCUUGGCCGAGCUCAGGUGCCCUUGCUGCCUCUUGCACAGAACCAAUCUGUAAAAGGGGAUUUUAACCUCACUGACCCUGCAGAGAAACCCAAUGGAACUAUCCAAGUGCACCUGGAUUGGAAGUCACACUACCUACCUCCUGAGACCGUCCUGAAAGCAGAAGCACAGGAUGAGGAAAGGGACACCAAGGGUGGUUUAGAGAUCUUGUCUGAAGAGGAAAAGCCUGCCUUUCCUCCACAGAACCAGGUGACAUCUGCCGAGAUUCCCAUUGAAGCUGGCCAGUAUCACGUAAAGAGAAAACUUCCUCAGGUGGGAGAAAGAAAGGAAAAGGAACACCAGGUUGCCACCUACUCAAGAAGAAAACAUGGCAAAAGAAUAGGUGCCCAAGGAAAAAACAGGAUGGAGUAUCUUAGUCGUAACAUCUUAAAUGGGAAUACGUUGCAACAGGUGAACUACACUGAGUUGAAGUUCUCAGGGCUUAAGAUCACCGAAGAUGAUGGUCUUACAAGCCAGCACACAAAGGAGACCAUGUCCUCUCAGUCAGCACCGAAGUGCAAGGAAUCCCUGCAUCCUAUAACUGAUGCAGAAUCCUGUGAUCAAGCUUCUGAAGUCAGUGAAGCACAGACGACAGACAGCGAUGACGUCGUGGUGCCACCCGUAUCUGAGAAAUGUCCCAAAGCAGAUUCAGAGAAGAUGUGCAUUGAGAUUGUCUCUCUGGCCUUCAACGAGGAGGCUGAGGUGAUGUUUGAUGAGAACAUAAAGCAGGUGUACGUGGAGUAUAGGUUCUGUGAUCUGCCCUGGUCAGAGACGGAGACACCAAUAUCCCUGAGGAAGCCAAGGGCUGGAGAGGAAAUCCACUUCCAUUUCAGCAAGGUGAUAGACCUGGACCCCCUGGAGCAGCAGGGCCGGAGGCAGUUUCUGUUCACUAUGCUGACUGGACAAGAUCCUGAGGAAGGACAUCUAAAGUUUACAGUGGUGAGUGAUCCUAUCGAUCAAGAAAGAGAAUGUCAAGAAGUGGGAUAUGCAUAUCUUGAGCUAUGGCAGAUCCUGGAGUCGGGAAGAGACAUCCUAGAGCAAGAGCUGGACAUUGUUAGUCCUCAAGACAAGGCCACUCCAAUAGGAAGGCUGAAGGUUUCCCUUCAAGCAGCUGCUGCCCUCCAUGCUAUUUACAAGGAGAUGACUGAAGAUUUGUAUUCAUGAAGGAACAAAAGCUAUUCCAAUCUAAAAUCUGAGGGAAACAUAGUAAAACAAAACAAAACAAAACAAAAAAAACCAAAAAAACAAAAACAACUCUUAUAAAGUAACUUGCUAUACCAUAAA